ACACGAUGUUCUUAACUAUCAAAGAUUAGUUCAUAUAACGUUUAUUAGUAGAAAUAGGACAAUGAUAAAGCACUCUAAUUUACGUGAAGAAGUGGAUUGAAAUAAAGAUAGCUAGCCCAGCACUCUAAUUUACUUGAAGAAGUGGAUUGAAAGAAAGACAACAUAAAGCAGAAACCAGGGAGAGGCAGCAACCAAGAGCACCAAAGAUGCCCCAUAACCUAAAGUUAUUUGCACGAGCAGCAGCCCUACUUUAGCCAUCCACUUUGCAGCACAACUCAAGCUGGGGGAGCCAUGCAUGGCCACAAAGAGCAGGAGCAGGGCAACCCCUACUACCAGAGUUGCAUAAACUGCUACCAAAUAGAUUGUGGCAAGGAUCGUGUGGGUUAUGCUUGUCAGCGAUUUGGCAAAUAUUGGAGGGUUUGAGAUCUCACUGAUGGCAGCAAUACAAAUGAGUAACCCAGCCUUAAACAUUGCCUUCUGUUCUUCAGCUGUGACAAGACUUUCUAAUACUGUUGGAUCCAUUAUACCCUCAAUUGUGAUUUCUGAUGCUACUGCUGAUCAACACUUGCAAUGGGUGGUAUUGCGAUCAAUUCACCCCAAAUAAUCCGAAUGUUCCUAAAAUGUGGACUGAAAAUUGGACUGGAUGGUUUAAGAAUUGGGGCGGCAAAGAUCCAUAUAGGAUUGCCGAGGACGUUGCUUUUGCCGUAGCACGUUUCUUCCAAUACGGCGGAACUUUCCAGAUUUACUACAUGUACCAUGGCGGAACCAACUUCGGAAGAACAGCAGGGGGUCCUUAUAUCACCACCUCAUACGAUUACGAUGCGCCCCUCGAUGAAUACAAAACUUAGCGUCUGGUGUCAGCUGCCUAGUGGAAAGUGGGAGUUGGGGAAGAUAAAAUCAACAUCUGGUGAGGAAGCCUCUGUAUUGCUCUCGGAUGGAAAUGUGAGUUCAUAUGCUCCGGCCAUAUCUCAAGGCAGCAUCACCAAUCUUAUUAUUGGGCAUGUAAUGUAAUGGGAUGCUCAUGCACAUUUUCUUGCACUAUUUUAGGGGAGAGCUCUUACCUGCAAAUCCAGAUAUCCUCGAGGGUGUGGACGAUCUUAUACAGCUUAGUUAUUUGAAUGAACCGUCAGUUCUUUACAAUCUUCAGUACAGAUAUUCUCAAGACAUAAUUUACGUAUGUAUAUAUAUGUAUAUUAUCCUCACUUGCUAGUCAAAA